UAUUCUAACAUCAUUCUUCUUAUCCUCCUAACCAACUAAUAAUGCAAGUAAAAUUAAUCUUCCUUAAUAACCACCUCUAUAUCUCCCUUGAACCAAACUUGAUCUCUCUCUCUCUCUCUUUCUCUCUCACUCUCCUCCUCAUUCUUCAUCCAUGGAAUUCCAAUCUCACUCCCCACCACUGCCGUCGCCACUGGUCAAAACCUACGAAGUAACAGCCUCAUCAAUCUCCUACACAAAGUCAACCACAUGUACCAUAACAUCAUUUCCACCGUUGGAUCUCGUCUUCAAAUCAUGCACAAAAUCCCCACCAACCCAUAUACUCCGAGAUGUCUCCUUCACCGCCUGCCCCUCUGAAAUCCUCGCCGUGGUCGGUCCAAGCGGCGCCGGAAAAUCUACUCUUCUGGACAUCUUAGCAGCCCGGACUUCCCCUACCAAGGGCACCCUUUUCCUCAACUCUUCUCCUCUCAACCCUUCAUCUUUUCGCAAGCUCUCAUCAUACGUACCUCAACACGACGCAUGUCUCCCUCUCCUAACAGUCUCUGAAACAUUCGCCUUCGCUGCCCGCCUCCUCUUCCCCAAGACCUCCGACGUCAACGACAUCAUUACGUCUAUCCUGACCGAUCUCAAGCUGAGCCAUCUGGCUGAUGUUUUGCUCGGACAUGGUCUCUCAGGUGGUGAACGACGACGCGUUUCGAUAGGGUUGAGUCUUCUUCAUGACCCUGCUGUUUUGAUUCUAGACGAGCCAACCUCUGGUCUUGAUAGUACUUCGGCUUUUAAUGUCAUGCAAAUCCUUAAGUCCAUUUGCGUUUCACGUUACCGGACUGUCGUUUUGUCUAUUCACCAACCGAGCUUUAAAAUACUCUCUUCCAUUGAUAGAAUCCUCUUGUUGUCCAAGGGAAGUGUUGUUCACCAUGGUACACUUUCUUCUCUUCAAUCAUUCUUGCUCUCUAAUGGCUUUACUGUCCCUUCACAGCUCAAUGCUUUAGAAUACGCCAUGGAAAUACUCAGUCAACUUCAUGAGUUAAAACCGGCCAUUACUACUCCCUCUCCAAAUGACAAUACCAGUACACCUUCUUCUUCUUUUUCUGAUAAUAAUAAUAUAAAUUAUAGUACUCAUAUCUCAAAUAUGGUGAGGUAUAAGAGCUCAAGAAUACAUGAAGUACUGACCUUGUACUACAGGUUUUGGAGGAUCAUUUACAGAACAAGAGAGCUUCUAUUAACCAACACUUUGGAGGCUCUCAUCGUUGGUCUUGUCUUAGGAACCAUUUACAUAAACAUAGGAUUCAACAAAGAAGGCAUCGAAAAAAGGUUUGGUCUGUUCGCUUUCACUCUCACUUUCCUUCUCUCUUCCACAACCGAAACGCUUCCCAUAUUCAUCAAUGAAAGACCAAUACUUAUAAGGGAAACAUCAAGUGGGGUUUAUAGGCUAUCAUCUUAUCUAAUAGCCAACACCCUUGUUUUCUUGCCUUACUUGUUUGCCAUAGCGGUCAUAUACUCAGUCUCAGUCUAUUUUUUAGUAGGGCUUUGUGCUACUUGGCAAGCCUUUGCUUACUUUGUACUAGUCAUUUGGGUAAUAGUUCUUAUGGCGAACUCUUUUGUCCUCUUCUUAAGCUCAUUGGCCCCAAAUUACAUUGCCGGAACUUCACUCGUCACUAUACUUUUAGGGGCUUUUUUUCUCUUUUCGGGUUAUUUCAUCUCACAAGAUUGUAUGCCUAAGUACUGGCUUUUCAUGCACUUUUUUUCAAUGUACAAAUAUGCCCUUGAUGCCCUUCUUAUAAACGAAUAUAGUUGCCUUGUAUCAACGUGUUUGAUGUGGUAUGAAGAAGAUAAUAAAGAAUGCAUGGUGACUGGAGGCGACGUUUUGCAGAAGAGAGGGCUCGAUGAGAGGCAAAGGUGGACUAAUAUUUACAUCUUGAUUGGGUUUUUUGUGCUUUAUCGGGUGCUUUGGCUGCUGGUUUUGAUCAGAAGGGUUUCAAGGUCAAAAAAGUGAAAUAUUUUCAUAGAAGUUGAUGAAGUAUAUUAAGAAAUUUUAAGUAAAUUUUGUCAACUUGUGAUAUAACUUCAUGUUGCCAGAAUGAGAUUAAAAGAUGACUGCUCUCCCUCGUCUUUUUGUUCUGGAACAUCAAAUUAACGAAUCAAAUACAACAAUAGAUUUCAUUUCAAAUUUGUAACUUUAUCUCCUAUGUACCUGCUUUGCAUUUUUUUUAAUAGAUGAAGCACGAUGAUCAAAUA